AAGAAACCGCCCAUCACACACCCCAGCACACCAGCGCAGGAAACUUAUAACCUCGGGAGGCAGGUCCCUCCCCUCACUGCAGUCACAAACCUCCAGAAGAGCGGACUGACCAGGCAGCUGCCAGCUCCUGCCACUCAGUCGCUGGGACCCUCAGGACUCUCUGUACUCACAAGUCAUCAAAAAGCCAAGAUGUUGGUAUUACUGGCUGGCAUCUUUGUGGUCCACAUUGCCACUGUCAUUAUGUUAUUUGUUUCCACCAUCGCCAACGUCUGGGUGGUUUCAGAUUCUGGAAAAGCAUCAGUAGGUCUUUGGAAAAACUGUACCGAUGUUAGCUGCGAUGGAACCCUGCCAUAUGCCAAUGAAGAUGCGCUCAAGGCAGUGCAGGCCUUCAUGAUCCUUUCCAUCAUCUUCUCUGUCAUCUCCCUCGUGGUCUUCGUGUUCCAGCUCUUCACCAUGGAGAAGGGAAACCGCUUCUUCCUCUCGGGAGCCACCAUGCUGGUGUGCUGGCUGUGCAUUAUGGUCGGGGUGUCCAUCUACACUCAUCAUUAUGCGGAUGGUUAUGGAACCUCCUACCUUAAAAGUCACCACGGCUAUUCCUUCAUCCUGACCUGGAUCUGCUUCUGCUUUAGUUUCAUCAUUGGCAUUCUAUAUCUGGUCCUGAGAAAGAAAUAAGCCUGAACAAGUUUAUGGGGAUCUGGGGGGUGGGGAGGAGGAAGCCGUUGAAUCUGGGAGGAAAGUGGAAAUUGCUCUGCAGGAAAAAAACAAGAUGGGGAGGGGGGUGGGGGAGGGAGAAGUUAGGGUGGGAGAGGCUGAAACCCAAAUCGUUACUGAGGAGGUCCUCUACUGUCAACACCCUGCCCUUGGGAAAAAGUAGUUGGCUAGAACUUCCCUGUGGGCCAGAGAGCCUCAUACCAGCCACCAGAUCUGGCCUCCAGCUGUUCUCAGUUACACACACUGCCAGGAGCCCCAUCAGCUGCCACACCACUGGCUCUACUUCCAAAGGUGAAUUCUGGGUCUUACACUGCAGUCCUUGGACCUACUGCAGUCCUUGGACCUACUGCUAGUUAAAAGAGCGGUACAAGUUCCGGCAAGAGCAGAUAGUGUCUUUGUACUGAAUAUGCUAAGCCUGGAAGCCAUCCCGCCCUCCUGACCCAAAGCAAAGCAUCACAUUCCAGUCUGAAGGUCCCACAGGAGAGCUUCGGCCAGCGAGCCAUUGUCCCUCUUUAGAACAGAUAUUUAGCUCUAUAGAAUUCAGUGGUAUUUGUGACAAAAUGGGAGGAAGAGAUAUAGUCACAUAGUCAAGUUGAUGGGUUAGCUAAAUCAAGAAAGAGAACUUUUUACAAUGGAAGGCCUGGGGGAUGGUCAGAACCUAGACCAGACCUCACACAGCUAUCCCUCAAGGAGACCUCUUGCUGCGGACUUUGCUAGGCCUCCCGCUUAAAGGCACGGCAGUUCUUCUAGAAUUUCUCUAAAGCCACUAACAACCAAUUCUGUGGUGAAAGCACCACACAAAUUAUGGGAUCAAAGAGCAGUCUUGCGACAGCGCUAUAUUAGGGUUAUGUUUUUUGGAUUCCCUUUUCAUGCAAUCAGUGUUACUUUUAAGUAUAUAACGGGAGAGAUGAACAUAGUUCCUUGUAACACAAUCUUUUACUCUCCCUCUAAAUUAUAAACUUUUGAAAAAGUUUUACCUAAUUAUUCAUACUGGAGAUCAGGGCUCCUAAGUGGCCACCUCUCAGAGGCUCUGCUUGUCCUGCUCCAUAGGCGAGGCAAGGUAAUUCUGGAAGCUUAUUGAAACACACAUAAACCAAAACCAAACAACAGAUCCUUGGGCGAAAGGUGCUAUAUAAUUGUAAAGUAUUAAGCAUAUUAGAGUUCAGUCAUGAUAAGAACACAGUGCCUGUGCUCCCAGGAAAAUGAGAAAAUUUCCAUGAGAUAAAUAAAAAUAUAGGUGAUGGGAAGAUAUUUUCUUUAAAGAACAAAAACCAAAAACUCUAGUGGUACCCAGUCAGAUGGUAAUUGAUCUGUCUGUUGCCAUAAGAGAAUUUCUAUAUAGGACUUAGAAAUAAUAUGUUAUUCCUGGUUAAGCAGGCAUUGCUCUGGCCUGGUGCAGCUAUUUUAAGCCAUCUCAGAUUCUGCCUAAAGGGUUUAUUUUGGGACGACAUUUCCUUUGUCAUCCUGAGAAGAAGAUCUUCCCUAGGGAGAAUCUGAGACAUCUUGCCUACUUUCUACUCCCAGCUCUCCCCUCCUCCUAUUUCUUAUAUACUUUUCCUUUUUGGAGAGUUGUUAUGGCAUGAUUGCUGGUAUUUAUGUAAAAGGACUAUUACUAAGUAUAUUUCUCUGUGUUUAUUCUGGUUACGGGAAUGUUGAGAACAGGCCACCAAAUUCUCUGGGCAGAGGUUAGACAAGUCGGUAAGCAAAAAACUGUGGGAUGGUAAACUUUUUAAUUAUGAUUUAAUUAUCACAUGAUUAUAGAAGGUUGCCUUAUGUGCAGAAGCAUACUUACAUAUCAGAUAUAUCCAAAAGAGAUACUCGCCUUAUGUUAAAAAGUCAAACGAUGACUGGAGUGAACCAUGUAAUCCCUUGUCUUUUACUCUGUUUCUGUGCCACUUAUAUCUCAUGUAAUUUGUAUUACAUUGGUGGGUUGUUCUAGUACUGUAUUUGGCUUCUUCUUUAAUAGAUUGAUAUUUCAUAUACUAUAAUUGUAAAUAUUUUGAUACAAAUGUUUAUAACUCUAGGGAUAUAAAAACAGAUUCUGAUUCCCUUCACCAUGUGAAUGUUUUCUUUUGGAAAAAACAUAGGAAAAUGUGGAUAAUAAUGACAUUUCUUUUUAAGUUGUCAGUCAGUUUGAUUUGGACAACUUGGCAUUUAUUCAAGACAUUCAGCUACUUUCUGGUAAUACAUUAGGCAUUUCUACAGUAACUCAGGCAAUUAAACGUUAUUAAAUAUAGUUUUAUCUUGCUUCGAUUAAACCUCUUAAGCACAAAAUGGAAUGUCAAAAGCUGAUAUGUUGGAGAGAGGUUGUGAUCUUGAAUCAGAAUAGCUUAUGGCAUUAAAAAAUGAGAUACUUGCAAAGUUUCUUUGAAAUA